UUCUGGUCCUCAAACUGGAAGCAGUCGGCUGCACACGUGAAACAUGGCAGCAGAGGAUGUGUUUGCUUUUCUCAGGAGUAGGGACAUUGCUGAGAGUGUAAUUAAACAACUCCAGGAUGAUAAGAUCGACAUCACCGUCAUAGGCAUCAUGACAGAUGAAGAAUUAGGAAAGUAUAUCGUAAGAUAUGGGGACCGACUUGCACUGAGAGCAUUUUGUCGUCAAAGAGCAGUGGCAAAUGAAACCUCCGGAGGAGUGGAGACAGUGAGGUCUGCUCUAAUGCAGAAAGUAAGAGACAGGCUAGGGGAACAACAGAGAACUCCUGCCAGAACUCCAGACAUGGAAGGCCACCGUAUCGGCAAUAAACAUGCUGCCAAAGUUACUCGCCGAGUUGAAAUGGGAUGGCUCCACUUUUCUACACAGAGCGGCAUAUAUCGUCAAAUCAGAACAAGACAUGGAGGUGGAACACGGAACUUAACAGUAGAAAAAUCAGUAACUAUGGGGGAACUGUUAGAGAUUGGGAAAACCUUGUUCUUUCCAAAUGGACGUUCGUCCAAAGGACCCAUUGAAGAUUUCGAGUUUGACAUUCGUGACUACAGUCACAAUAUACUGCCCUCAGAGAUCACUGUGGGCCAGCUCUACGAUCAGACUAAACUUCGGAUGAUCCGUGUCUACACCACCUCCAAAACUGUGAUUGCUCUCUCCGACGCAUCAGAUGUCGAGUCCACAGAUGAGAGAACGAAGAGAGGAGAACCAAUUAGCCAUUCAAGACCAGCAACCCCUGACAUCAGUAUCACAGAUGUCCUGCAUCCCCCAUCUGACAAUGACCUUGGCAGUCAUGAUUCACAAUCAGGAACUGAAUGUUCGGCGUCUGUGUCAAGUCAAGAAACUGUCCAAGUGUUAAGUGGCGAGUCUGAUGUUGCCCUUGCUAUCCAAUUAUCUCUUGAGGACUUUGAAGUGCAGUUUGGUCCUGGUUUUGGCGAUGAUGGUGAUAACGAAGAUGACACCCUUCCCUGGAAUCCACAUCACUUAAACAGUAUUCAGCAUUCUACACUGAAUGAUGAAUUGUCAAGCAGCCUUCCACCAUCACCAGACCCUAAGGACAACAAACUAUUUGUGACAUUAAGACGAGUAAACAUAGUGGAUGACAUGCUUCAGGUUUUCAUGGAACCAACAGUACUACACAGUGAUCUACAAAUUGAGUUUGCAAAUGAAAAAGCUGUGGACAGUAAUGGGGUGUCAAGAGAAGCAUACUCUGCAUUCUGGGAAUGUUUCUUGGAACAGUGUGAGGGGGAAGAUGAGCGAGUGCCCAGACUACGGCCAGACUUUUCUCAAAGGAAGUGGGAAGCUCUUGGAAGGGUGUGGUUGAAAGGAUACCAGGACCACAAAAUUCUACCCAUCAGAUUGUCUCCAGCUUUUGUUCUUGCCUGUUGUCAAGGACUUGAUUCAGUGGAUGAAGAACUCUUGAUUAUGUCUUUUUCCAGAUUUAUUUCACAGAAUGAGCGUGCAUCACUUGAAAAAGCACUACAGGGCAGCAUUGAUGAAACUGUGGAAGAGGACCUACUGGAUGUCUUCGUAAGAAUGGGCUCACACUGCUUGCCGCCUAAAAGCAACUUACGGGCCACCAUUGUAAAAAUUGCACACAAAGCUCUUCUUCAAGAGCAAAAAUUCAUAAUUGACUGUUUCCACUCAGUUCUUCACAAUGCUGUUCCAGAACUUAAAUCAAAGGACAGUAUAAUCGAGGUCUACAAAUCUAAAAGGCCAACAAACAGGAAAGUGGCCCAGAUGAUUAAGCCAUCCUGUGAAAGCCUUACUCCCCAAGAGCAGACAGCCCUUAACCACCUGCUUCGGUAUGUAAGAAGCAUUGAUCAAAGAAAGCUGGAGACCUUCUUGCGGUUCUGCACUGGAUCCACUGUGCUGUGCGAAAACACAAUUGAACUCACCUUUAACAGACUCUCUGGUUUGAGUCGGAGGCCAGUUGCACACACAUGUGGAGCAGUGCUUGAAUUGCCGUGCACCUACAGCUCUUACCCUGAGUUUCGUCAAGAGUUUGACAAUCUCCUGUGUGGUGACUGCUUCACCAUGGAUAUAGUGUAGUGAAUGUACAGUUUUUUUUUUCUUUUAACAGUUUCAGGUUCUUGCUGUUCUUGUUAUUUUCUUAUUUUCUGUAAAAAAGGAACCAACUUGCUUGAAAGAAGUCCAGUUAACAGUAACUCCUACUACAAUAGUUAAAUUUUCUUUACUCAUCUAUCUUAUUCUUUUUUUCAGUGCUUAAGAUGUUGCUUUAACCUAUAAUGUCAGCAUAGCUUGCUAUAUAUCUUGAGUAUAUCUUGCUUUCGUUCAACAAAAAAGUGAACUUUAUUGAUUUUAAAAAGUCGGAAAGGUUGGGUCUCAUAGCUGAACACCCCUUUUGUUAUACACAGUACAACUGCAAAUGGCUGUUUUUGUUGAAGCCUCAUGUAGAAAACAUAUUGUAACAGUUACUGUCAGAGCAUAGUAUUGUGUUGAUUCAGUUCCUUUUCCUGCCUUAUUUUGUAUACUGUUGUAAAUGCAAAAUGUCUUAGUUCCUGGAAAAAAAAACAUUACAACUUAAAUGGUAAAAUAAAGCAUGGUGGACUGCAGAACAUUUAUGUAAUCACUGGAUCAUGUAUUCACUUUGGAUAGACUCAAAGAGUCCAUCUCAAAUUAGAGAGCCGAUGUUAUGUCAUUCCUUAAAUGCAGGUACAAAUCCAA